AUGAAUGAUAAAAUAGUUUUACCAUCAACUUUAUCAAGUAUUAAUAAUACUAGUUCAGAUACUUUGUUGAUGCUGUACAAAGAUAUGCUUCUAGGACGUAGUUUUGAAAAUAUGUGUGCACAAAUGUAUUAUCGUGGUAAAAUGUUUGGUUUUGUUCAUUUAUAUAAUGGUCAAGAAGCUGUAUCGACAGGCGUGAUUAAAUGUUUAAAUAAUACAGAUUAUGUAUGUAGUACCUAUCGUGAUCAUGUACAUGCACUAAGUAAAGGUGUACCGGCCAAUUUAAUUAUGGCUGAAUUGUUUGGUAAAGAAACAGGAUGUAGUCAUGGCCGGGGUGGAUCAAUGCAUAUUUUUUCAGCAAAGCAUAAUUUUUUAGGCGGUUUUGCUUUUAUUGGAGAAGGAAUUCCUAUAGCUACUGGAGCAGCUUUUCAAAGUAUUUACCGCAGUCAUGUUUUACAAGAUACCAAUGAAUUACGUGUUACAGCUUGCUUUUUUGGUGAUGGCACAACUAAUAAUGGACAAUUCUUCGAAUGUUUAAAUAUGUCUGUCUUAUGGAAGUUACCAAUUAUAUUUGUUGUAGAAAAUAAUCAAUGGGCAAUUGGAAUGGCUCAUCAUAGAUCUAGCUCAUCACCUGAAAUACAUAAAAAAGCAAAAGCUUUUGGUUUACCUGGAAUAGAAGUAGAUGGCAUGGAUGUUCUGGCUAUUAGAAAUGUUACUCAACAGGCUAUUAAGAGAGCAAGAUCUGGAGAAGGUCCCACUUUGAUUGAAGCUUUGACAUAUAGAUUUCGAGGUCAUUCUUUAGCAGACCCUGAUGAACUAAGAUCAAGUCAAGAAAAAGAUGCAUGGUUAGCUCGUGAUCCAAUCAAAUAUUUUAAGAACUGCCUUUCUGUUAAUUCAAUUAUAGACGACAAUUUAUUAAAUAAAAUUCAUACAGAUGUAAAAGCAGAUAUUGAUCAAGCCGUAAGUUUUGCUUUAUCUAGUCCAGAACCUCAGAUUAAAGAUCUAAAACGUUACUUAUUUGUAGAGGACACGUAA